AUGUCGGCUCCCGCGAAUCUCCAAUUCCCUCCCCCACACCAGACCCCAGAUACCACGGACACAGACUUCAUCACCGUGGCCUCAGGAAACACAGAAGCUCUCCUGAGUGAGGUCGUUAAUCACAGAGACAUUGGUGAAUUCCUACGUGCCGAUUUCCGCCUCCCCAUACACUGCACCAGCCCAGACAAUCCCCAUUGCCUCAGGUACGAGUUUGACGUCGACGGCGUCGUGAUACAGGUGCGUCACAUGAGAGGCAUAGUCGCAGACGUCGGUUAUUUGAACCUGCCCCGUAUGGAUCCCGGUAGCCUCAAAAGGCAGUACAGCUACCUCAAAAAACACGUGUCCCUGCCGCGCUGCAGCCCGGAAGGCUUGGCGGCACUCAAAAACUGCCUGGGUCAGAGAAUAGCAAACGUGGCAGGGGGCUACGUCCUGACGCUCUGCGCUGUCCCCAGCAGCCUGACGAACCCGGACCUCAGGCUGAAAACCCCACGGUUGUAUGGCACCCUCGCGGCUGAGCUGUUGAAGGAGGUGAGGGAAGGGUUCGGCCGGCUCCUCGACGACCUGCCACAGGAGGACAUGUGCCGCCCCACUGUCCAGAAACAGGGUCCUGCGGCUCGGCGACUUCGAGGCAGUGCGGGCGUGGGCAGAUACGACCCCUCGUGGAAAGCAUUCCAGGCGGAGCUGGCUCUGGAAGAGCUCUUCUUUGGGCACCCACUGUCAUCACUCGACAACACCCUGAGUGCCAGCCUGGGAACCAGCACGGUGAGUGAACGCAGCGCCACCCACGAGAGGGGGUUCAUCGGGCUGGCCCCCCACAACAGCGCCAGCCUGGAGGAAUCGCCACCACCCCUCCACCACUGGACCAGGGACCCACUGCAAGUCACACGCAUCGAAAGGCUGUGGGCACUCUGUCAGUGUUUGGAAGCUGGACCGGCCGUGCUCGGGGCUGCCCUGAUAAGGGUCUUGCUGGGGGACCUGUACCAGCGGAACGAUCGGCUUCCCUGGACGUCCCUAAAGUCAGACACGCCCCCUGGCAGGCUGACGGGGGCGACGGACGUGAAGAAACUCGCUGCCGACCUCGCCACCAAGGAAAGCUUCCCCGUCCCUCACACAUUCAGCAGGGCGCGCACCCUGGUGAGAGACGCAGGCCAGGAUGUGGAGGACUGCCUCGUCCGAGGCUUCACGGCAGAGGGCAUCAUCUUCUUCCCAGCCUUCAAGUUUACAGACCUCCGGAGUACCAGAAGGAUCUGGUGGAACUUUAAGGACUGGGUGCAGGUCAGCCACGGGGACCAAUCCGUCCUGCAGAUGUCCGACGUGGCCUCAAAGAGUCUCCAGGUCAUGUGUGAGAUUGAAAGGCGCUCCCUCUGCUUUUCCAAACACAUGGAGGUGUACAGAGAGCACGGCAUGCCCUGGAUGGCGACAGCCUUGCAGAGGCUCCCGCAGGCGAUGAAGGGAGGUUUGCUCCUCAACACGCUGACCUUCGUCUCCUGUGUGGCCCUGGUCCAGAAUGGCGCCUACGUCGACUUCACGCACCUGAAAGACCUUUGCCAAGAAAUGAGCUUGGGGGGCGUGUCACAGGCCAGACUGCAGCAGCUUCUGAUCCAGGGGAAAUUCAUCCUGGACAAAGUGAGGAAUCUGAGGAUUUGGAGCCUGCAUCCCACCGUCCCCUACAAGUUGCAGAAACAAGGGAUCGCCAUCCCAUCCCUGCGACCGCCGCCGCCCAGCGCGGAGAAGGAGUGUGUGCAGCCCCCGGAAGACGUCCAAGCUGUCGACGACCAGGACGAGCUCAGGCCCCCCGUGGUGUCAGCAGCCAUGUGCUUGCCGGCCAACUCUAGCAUUAGGUGGGGCAUGGACGAGGAGUCCAUCAUUCCAAAACAAUCACAGGUUACACACCAAGUGGCAUACAAGGACUACCUGCAAGCUUGCAGAAAGAGAAAGUUGCCGACGAGAUCAUUUGUGGCGUUCAAGCGCAAGAGACAGCGCUUAAUGGCAUGACAUGGUUGUGCCGUUGCAAUGUCUGUCAAUUUCUGUUUGUGAGUGCACAUAGUUUAUUGAAGAAAGUAAAGAUAAAGAAGACCUGUUUGUAAAUAUAUAUCUAUGUUUUGCUGUUGCAAUGUUUGCCUUUUUUGUUUGUUAGUAGAAAGUAGUUUGUUGGGAAUAAAAUAACCUGUUUGUAAAUAUAUAUCUAUGUUUUGUGUCCUUCAAUGUUUGACAUAUUUAUUGAUUGCAUUAGUUCACAUCUUUUAUAUUAGUUGACAGUAGU